CCACCAGAAUUUAGGGGUACGACUGAUCCAUCAGUGGCAGAAAAAUGGAUUAGAUCUGUAGAGCGUAAGACAGCACUUUUUCCCAAGAUAGAUUGGAAGCAGAUCCGUUAUGCGAGUUUCUUAUUUAAGAGUGAUGCUCGGAUAUUGUGGAAGCUGAUGGAGGAGACUCAUGAUGUAGCCACUAUGAGUUGGGGAGAUUUUAGACGACUUUUUGAGGCAGAAUAUAGGACAGCUGAUAGAAUGCAUGAAAAGAUACAAGAGUUUUUUAGCCUACGUCAGGUAAUCAGUUUAGUGAAAGAACACUCCUUUGGAUUUAAUUCCUUGGGGAGGUUUGCACCAGGUAUAGAGAGCACACCAGAAUUAAGGAUGAACAAGUUUGUGCAUAGGCUGAAUCUAGAAAUAGCUCGAGAUGUGAUGGCAAGUGCCCAACCCCCUCAGACUUAUAAUGAGGCUUUGGAACGAGCUUUACGAGCUGAAGUAUUUGUGAAUAAGUUGACUUUAUUAACUCCAUCAGCAGUAGUGUCAAGUAUUCCACCUCCCGCUCCACAGAGAGACAGAUGCCGACAGCCCAGACAUAUGAUGAAAGAUUGUAAGGCCCCUCCUACAACCACAACACAGACAUCUAGAGGUACUAAUGCUCAGGUAUUUACAGUUGCACAGAGUGAAGCCAAGGCCAGCGCCUCUGUAGUUACUGAUGGCCAUCAGCUUAGUAUGUUGAUCAGUAGUGUAAAUGCCAAGAAGAUGUUAAGAAAAUGGUGCUCCGGGUAUAUUGCCCAUGUGGUGCAAAGCAGUGAUGUCCCUCGAUCAGAAAUCCAAAAUGUGCUAGUAGUCCGGGAGUUUCCAGAUGUAUUUUUGGAUGAUUUGCCAGGUUUACCUCCAGAAAGAGAAAUGGAGUUUAGCAUUGAGUUGGCACCAGGGACAACACCGAUUUCUAAAGCCCCUUAUCGUAUGGCCCUAUCCGAACUCCAGUAA